AGGGAUUCCUGGGACGUCUCCAAGAAACCAGAACCUGACGCAACCAUGUUCCCGCCCCUCCUCCGGUAGCUCUCUGCUAAAAAAACAAGUGGACCGUGUAGCUGUUAGGGAUGAUAUGAAAGAGAGAGCGGGCUCGAGAUGGUCUUCACUUAUGUCGCUGCUUGAACUACAAGUUGGACUGCUGCAGGGGAUUUCUUACAAGAUCUAAACAUACUCUGCCUCUGAAACACAAAUGGAGAUUUCAAGGAACUUUAAAGAAAGACAGUAAAUGCAGGAAGGACAAAAAACUAUGGUCAUUUGUAUAAACGAAAGAGGCAACCAAUGAAGAGCAGAUAUCUUUAUCUAUUUUUACUUUGACACAUUUUUUUUUUAAGGAGCGUUUUGUAUUUAGCAGAUUAAUGAUGGAAACUCCCUCAGCUCCUCAGAUUAUUGUGGACAAGGCUAGUGUCCUGGAGGAAGCAGAAUGUGGGGAGGAUGUGGAUCUGCCUACUGAUGACCAUCUCAUGAACUUGAAGGCCUUGACGGAGAAACUGAGACUGGAGACUAGGAGGCCUUCUUAUCUGGAGUGGAAAGCCCGACUCGAGGCGGAAAGCUUCAGAGAGUCCAGAAUUGAAAAAGGCCCAAUCCAAUUGGAACCUGAGGGGAAAAUUGCCCCCCCCAAAGAGACUGUAGUGAAGUCUGAUAUGAUUCAGUGCAAGUUGCCAUCAGGUGUACUGAAGGGAUUCAGGAACAUAGAUGAAGCUCUCUGUUGGCUGAGGAGAGAACUGACAGACAUGCGCUUGCAGGACCAGCAGCUAGCGAGGCAGCUGAUGCGGCUCCGCAGCGACAUCAACAAGUUAAAGAUAGAGCAGACGUGCCACCUGCAUCGCCGGAUGCUCAAUGACGCCACCUUUGGCCUGGAGGAGCGGGACGAGCUGUCGGACCUGCUGUGUGAGUGUCCAGUCACCCCGGGGCUCGGCCUCUCGGCCCCGCUGAGACUCAUCGGCGUCACCAAGAUGAACAUUAACUCUCGACGCUUCUCGCUCUGCUAGUGGCAGUGAUGGCACUCCGGGCAGAAAAUCCUGAAAACACAACAGCCUGUCUAAUACUAUCUUUGCUCCAGUGCAACAUGAAAGUCCUGGCCAUUUGUUAGAUUGUGGUGAAAUCCUUUUGACCACAAUGUUGUGAGGAUAAACCCAGAUGGAAACUCGUUUUACAGUCCCUAUAAUCAAAGAGAGAGAGUUAGGUCAUGUAUAUUAUUUAGACAGACGAAUUUAAGUGUAGUAGGUACAUAUAUAGUGUGUUUGCCACUAAACUAUACAUGGCAGCUAUAUACAGAAACCUCUCUGUCUUAAAACCGCAGCAGAUUUUAGACCUUUAGGCCAUUAUGACAAUAGAAUACUUACGUUUUUCAACUACAGAAUAGAAAUCUCAAGCUUAUUCCUGUCCACUUUUUAAGCCCUAUCAGUUAUACUGUUACCCUAUAUAUUUCCAUAUACUGUAUGUUGGUUGUUUGCUGGGACUGUUUUGCUGGGUUUUAUCUACAAACUAAAAUAAUCAAGCACAGAUUAAAUAUUUUAAAUGUAUUCGUAUACAGACCUGUCUGUAGGAUGUUUUCAGUGACAGUCAAGAAUGUCUUUUUUUCCACGUCCUGCAUCUUAAUCUAAAUGUUUUGUGCUUUGAUAAAGGCAAAAAGAUGCCUUACUAUUGAUACAAAUUGUAUACUAUACCCAAUGCAUAUUUAAGUUAGUGAGUAGUUGUAUCAAUUUAGCAAGGAGUGCUUUUUUGUAGACUAUGAUGAAAAUGAUUUAUUCUUUAUAAUGAUUGUCAUAUUGCACUAGUUGGGGAUCUCACGAUGGUUUGCUGAAGUUUGCUUCUUAUAAGUAAAGAUGUAUUUAGCUCUUGGUUGGAGCUUUGUCCUUUUUAUGCUGUAAUUGUUGAGUUCCAGCCAGGAAGUAACCAUUUUAGGUGGCAUUGAUUGUCUGGAAGAAAACCAUGGUUUAGUUUUACGGAUAAACAUUGAAGUCUUCUAGUGUGUACCAAAUGACAUGAUUAUGUGAAUCUUGUUAUGAGCCUUCUGUUAUAUCUGCAGUUAUGAUGGGAUAUAUCAUUUCAUACUACUUUUCUUUGUGGGGGGGUUGCAUUUGAAAUGUGAGCAUAUGAAAUGUGAGUUAAGUAUAGUCCUGAGUGUCAGGGUUUGAGAUGCCCCUCCUUGUGGCCCAGAUAAUACAAUCUGAACAAAACCAGCGCUUUAAAGCUCUCUCACACACCACAUCUAAUUUGUUUGCAACAACAGUGGUACCAAUAGAGUUUUAACAACCACUGAAAUGACGAGGUUAUCACUGGUGUCUACACAGCUCAGACUUCUCCAACAUUAUAGGAUUAGCUUUUUGGUCUUUGUCUCAGUUUGACAAAGACUGUAUAGUGUCCCCUAUACAGUGAGCCACAAUGCCACCUUGUAUUACUGAGCCUAUAAUGACUGGAAAAUACCUUAAAAGUGGUUUGGUAAAAUCCGAUACCUCAAAUGGGCUGUUGUUAGUGCUAGUAUGAUGACACAAAGUGCUGGAAAUAAAUAACCC